GAAAUAAGUUUUCUGAAUGUUAAAAUUAAUUCGUGCCAUUGUGCCAAAAUUAUAAUAUUACUUUGUAGUUAGUUAUAUGUAAAAGUUGUAAUAUUUUUAUCCUGAUUUGUUAUAGAAAUCAUCAUUUUCGUGUCUUUAUGUUUGGAGACUAUGAUUUUCUGUGGAGCGUAUACGAAAUCACUGGAGCUAAAGGUCGGCAUUGCCGUCUCUUUUGUGAUAUAACUAAGGAAGAGAUGAAAAUAAUUCCAACAAGUCGAAUACAUAUUGUUUCACAUAGAACACUUAAUUCUUUAAGUGAUAACUUUGAAUCUUUCCAGAAUUCUGGAGGAAUUUUAAAGAGUGCAAAGUAUUUCAAUAAUGUUAUUGAUCAAUCUUUGUUUAACAUUCCUUUGGAUCAAAUUGCUGUGCCUGCAUUACAUAUAUCACUCGGUAUCUAUUUGAAAUUUUUCGUUAUGUUAGAAGAUGAGUGUCAUUUAGUUGAUAUAAAACUUGCUGGAGAACUUGCAUUAAGAAAUAAAAUUAUUGGUAAAACUGAAUUUGAAAAGUACAUUACCAUGCAUGUCCAGUCAAAUCUUUUAAAUAGCAUUAUUGCAGAUUGCCUAUAAAAAAUUGCUCUUCUACAAGAUACAGUUGGAUUAAAAGUAUUGCGUGAACCUGAAAGAGCUAAAGAUAUUUUGAAAAUUUAUAAGCCAAGAAUACUUUACUAUGAAUUGAGAAAAAAUGACAAAGUAAUAUUCAAC